AUGUGGAUAUAUCUAUUAGGGAUUUUAUCAAAUUAUUUAAUAGCUUGAGGUUAUGAAGAAGCAAUAGGAAAUCAACACAGUUGUGAAAUAAUUAAUGAAUUUGUGAAUAAAAAAGAUCAAUUUCAGUGCAGUUUAGAUGAAUAUGAUAUAUUUUCUGAAGCUUUAAAUAAAGCAGCCACCAAAAGGAAAAUUGGAAUAAUUGGAUGUUUUGGCACUGAUCACGUUAUUCCUACAAUAGAUAUAGCUAAAUGGCUUGUAUUAAGAGGCCAUGACGUUGUAUUUUACGGUCCAUUACACAUGCAAAAAAAAAUUGAACUCUCAGGAGCAAAAUUCGUCCCAUACCCAGAACAAAAUAUAACAUUUAAAAAUAAUCGUGAAAAGGAGGAAAUGGAGCAAAAAAUUAUAGCAUACGGCGCAAUUGUUAAAGUUGAUUACUUUAUCAAUAAUAAUCUACCUUGAUUUUUAGAGAGCUGUGAAAAAGAAAAUUUCGAUGGGAUUAUUUUUCAUCAUUUUGCAAUAUUUGGGUUUGCUGUAGCUAAAUACUUAAAUCUGCCAAACCUCUGCUUAACUUGUGGAGCUGUGCCGCCUGAAAGAGAAAAAAUCGGGGAUGAUUAUCCUAAAAAUUGGAAAAAAAGAAAAAUCGAUUUUUCAGCUGAAGUCCAGAAGCAAGUUCCUUAUAUUGGGGAAAUAUCGAAAAAAGUCCAUUCAUGCAGCAAUGUUGGCAAAGUUUUAAUGGUGACUCCUAAAAAAUUUGUCGAAGCAAUUGCGAAUCGAACUAUUAAAGAGUCUUAUCGAUAUAUACAUUUAAGCUCAAUUAUGUCAAAAAAUUCUCAUGAUUAUGUACCAGAACUGAAAGAAAAUAGCUUGAUUUAUUUUGCAUUUGGAACAAUUUUUACUCGGUAUAGCCAAGAUAUAUAUGAUUCUGUCGCUAAAUUUUUUUGUGGAACUAAAUAUGAACUUAUUAUGACAACAGGAGGAAAUGAAGAACUUUAUCAAUAUUUGUUGCCAAAAUAUAGCAACUGUAGCAAUAUAAGUAUUAAUUUAUAUGUAAAUCAGAUGGAGGUUCUUAGAAGAACAGCGAUUUUUAUAAAUCAUGCAGGGUUUAAUAGUGUUCAGGAAGCAAUUCCACUUAUAAUUCCAAUGAUAGUAAUCCCACAAGGAGCUGAUCAGUAUGCUAUUGCCAGAUGCAUACACAGUUUAAAAAUUGGAAUUAAUUUUAGGGAUUUAAAAUGAACUAUUACCCAAAACUUGAGGUAUGCUCUUAAUGAAAUAGAAAAAAACUUUACUAAUUAUAAAGAAAAUAUAAAGAAAGUACUUAAAACGCAUUUUGAUGGUGAAAAGCUUGAAGAUUCUAUCAUAAAAGUUGAAAAUUAUUUGUUUAAUUCAACAAGAAUUAAUAAAAAACUCAUGUUUUAG